GGACCCUGCUCAGAGAGACUUCUACUGGGACGUCAUGCAGGAGAACUAUGAGAAUGUGACCUCGCUGGGGUUCCCAGCUUCCAACUCUGAAGUGAUGUCCCAGCUGGAACUAGGGGAAGAGCUGUGGGUCUCAGAUCUCCAGGGCUCAGAGGAAAGAGAGAUCCUGAGAGGAACCUGCCCAGAUGAUGGGAUGGUGAAUGAGAACAAGGAGCAGAAUCCACAGCAGGAAGAUGCUGAGCACAUGGAACUCCAAGGGAGCUUACCACAAGGAACUCAAGAGAACAUGUCCAGGAGUCAUGAAGAGAGGCAGCAGGGAAACAAAUCAGGGGAGAAAGUGGGUAAAUCCAUCAGUUGUGAAGAAAAUCUCAACGACCUCAAGGAAACCACAGCUCAGCAGAGAAUCCUCAAGGGAGAGAGACAAAACAUGUGCCCUGAGUGUGGGAAAACCUUCCCUUGGCGCUCACACCUUAUUAGACAUCAGAGAAUCCACACAGGCGAGCGACCCUAUGCGUGCUGUGAGUGCGGGAAAACCUUCUCUUGGCACUCACAGCUUAUUGUACAUCAGAGAAUCCACACAGGAGAGAGACCCUAUGAGUGCUGUGAGUGCGGGAAAACCUUCACUCGGUGCUCACACCUUAAUGUACAUCAGAGAAUCCACACAGGAAAGAGACCCUAUGAAUGCUGCAAGUGCAGGAAAACCUAUAUUCAGAGAUCAGACCUUAUCAGACAUCAGAGAACCCACUCAGGAGAGAGACCCUAUGAAUGCUGGUUUCCAGUUUCCAAACCUGAGGUGAUAUCCCAGCUGGAACCAGGGGAAGAACUGUGGGUCUCAGAUCUCCAGGGCUCAGAGGAAAGAGAGAUCCUGAGAAGAACCUGCACAGGAGACGAUGGGGUAGUGAGUGAGAACAAGGAGGAGAAUCCAGAGAAGGAAGAUGCUGAGCAUGUGGAACUGUGCGGGGGAUUAUCACGAAGAACUAAAGGAAAUGUGUCCUGGAGUCAUGAGGGGAUGCAGCAGGGAAACCAGCCAGGGGAGAAAGUGGGCAAAUCCAUCAGUUGUGAGGAAAACAACCUCAAGGAAACCGCUGCUCAGCAGAGAAUCCUCAAGGGAGAGAGAAAAAACAUAUGCUCUCAAUGUGGGAAAAUCUUCCCUCGGCGCUCACACCUUAUUAUACAUGAGAGAAUCCACACGGGAGAGAGACCCUAUGAAUGCUGUGAAUGCCGGAAAACCUUCACUCGACGGUCAACCCUUAUCAGCCAUCAGAGAACCCACACAGGCGCAAGACCUUAUGAAUGCUGUGAGUGCGGGAAAACCUUCACUCGGCACUCAGAUCUUAUCAGACAUCAGAGAAUCCACACAGGCGCGAGCCCCAGUGAAUGCUGGUUUCCAGUCUCCAAACCUGAGGUGAUAUCCCAACUGGAAGGCGGGGAAGAGCUGUGGGUCUCAGAUCUCCAGGGCUCGGAGGAAAGAGAGAUCCUGAGAGGAACCUGCCCAGGUGAUGGGAUUGUGAGUGGGACCAUGGAGCAGAAUCCACAGCAAGAAAAUGCUGAGCACGUGGGACUGCGCGGGGGAUUAUCACCAGGAACUAAAGGGAACAUGUCCAGGAGUCGUGAGGAGAGGCAGCAGGGAAACCAACCAGGAGAGAAAGUGGGUGUGGCCUUCAGAGCUGGGGGGCCGGAGAGCAGCAGCUACCAGCCAGUCACCCAGCUGUGA